AUGCUGCGACUGCGACUGCUGCGACGCCCCACAGCAGCGCGUCGCGCGCGCGUCCUCUCGGCCGCGUCCGUGUACACGGAUCAACGCGCACCUCUGUUCUCGUUCCUGAAGCCGUCGCAGGCGCUGGUGAAGUCGCACACGGAGACGCGCGUUGUGCCCUUUUCGUGCGCCGAAAUGUUCGACGUGGUGGCCGACGUCGAGCGCUACAGCGACUUUUUGCCCUUUUGCGUCGAGUCGCGCGUCCUGCGGAGACCAAACGAUAACGUUAUGGAGGCGGCGCUGCGUGUGGGGUUCAACAUCUUCACCGAGUCGUACACGUCCCGCGUUCUCAUGAUCCGACCCAAUAAGAUUGCAACGAAAGCAAUCGACUCGCCGACGUUCAAGCGGAUCGAGAGUGAGUGGAUGUUCAAGCCGUGCAGCACGCCUGGAAGCUGCGAGGUCGCCUUUAGGGUGACAUUCGAGGUGUCGUCGUUCCUGCACGCGAACGCCAUCCAGCUGUUUUUCGAUGAUGUUGCCCUCACUCAGCUGAAUGCGUUCAUUGGUCGUGCGCGGAAGACGUAUGGGUCAAAGCCGCGGCCGAUUCCUCAGACACCUGCAAAGGAAGAAUCGACUCCACUGACGACACAGUCUGCAGCAAAGAACUCAGCAACCAAUGCGACUGGCUCGACUGAUUCGACCUUAUCAGGCAAUGAUGAGCAAUCGUCGGUACAGGAGACAGAAGCUAUGGUAUCGCGCCGCACGAAAGGUGGUAUUUCCUCACAAACUUAUAGAGAUUUAGGUGAUGUGUUUGACGAUUACGCCGACAAGAACGGCAAACUGUACUACGGUGGGUUCAUGGCAGCUUGUAUGGCACUCAGUGACGAAUACGAAGAUAUGAAGGACGUCAGUGAAAGUGCUACGCUAGCGGGGGCAGUGUUUUCCAGCUUUGAGACACACACGACGCCGAAGGAUUGGCUCACGCUGGAUGAGUUCGUCGUUGGCGUGUACCUGAUGACGAAAGGCACGUUUGAGCAAAAAGCCCACAGCCUUUUCGAGAUUGUGAAUGCAACGGGCAAUGGUAAAAUCACGCGCGAGGAGCUCACGCUUGCCAUGCAACGCCGCAUUCGUGCCGUGAAGAAGCUGUUUCCCAAGCUGCUUCGCGACCAAGUGCAGAUUCAAAUGGGGAACGGGCAGAGCGAAGAGCUAUCGUCGAUUCAAGAUGCCGCCGUGGCGAACGGCGUCAAGGCUAUUGAGGAGUUGAUGGAGACGGUCGAGAAGGACAUCCCUCUUGCCGUGAAUCAGAUCUUUCGCGAAGCUGACCUCGACCAGGACGACUACAUCCGCGAGGAAGAGUGGAUGUUUGCGUGGCAGGCGCACCCGGAGUUUGUGGAGUUGUUGACCAUUGACGGUAUGAAGAAAAUGGCACAAUGGGCUUCGGUCGUUCAAGAGGCCAGCAUCAAGGGUGACCACAAUGAUGAUGACAAGACGAAGCCUUCUGGUCAGAGUCUAGACACGAGGCUUAUGCAUGUGGACUGA